AUGGUCGCACAGAAGCCACUCAAGAGGAAGGCAGACAUCGGAAAGAUCACGGGGAAUAAGCGACGUCAACCUUCCCCGGCGGUCAGCGAUGCCGGUUUCGAGGAUCUCGAGAAUGGGUCGCAGCUCAGCUUUGAUGAAGAAGCCAUGGGCAACCUGCAGGAUCCCAUGAUCGACUCUCAGCACUCGUCUGAUGAUGAAGAUUCCGAGGAAGAGGAAGACGGCUCUGCAACCGACCAACCUGCAGCUAGCUCUUCCAAGCCUCACACAAAUCUCUACAAGGCCCCCACCGUCGCCGAGCUGGAACAACUUCGACAAGUUGAAGAUACCGGUGGUGCUACGUUCUCUCUGCAGCUUUCCGAACUCUUGGAAUCGACUCUGCUCCCCACAACUCCUCACCCUGUCCUGAAAUCGCUACUUUCUGCUGUUCAUGGCAAGAUCCUUGGUUCGCCUUCGCUCGAGGCUGUCGCUCCCAUCAAAGCUUCCAAGCGACUUGGCAAGACAAAGAUGCUGAUCGUUGGUCCUGAAGAGUUCUCCCCGUUGAAGAAAGGCAAGGACAUCAAGUGGACUCUGGGCUGGGAGAAGCCUGAGGAAAUCGUCAUUGGCGGGAGCUGGGGAGUUGUGGGAGGUUACAAGAAGGGGAAAGGUGAAAUGGGCGGUGUAGACCUGGUCGUUGUAAUGCCAUCUAGUAUGUUUUCAGCUAAAGACAGACUUGACUAUAGAUACUUUCACAAGCGAUCACAUUACCUUGCUGUGAUCUAUGCUCAGAUCCAGGCUCUGGCGGAUUCGGAAGCUGAUCUGAAAGGUGCCAAGGUGGGAUGGACCACGGCUAUGGGCGACGAUAGACGUCCUGCCAUAAGCAUUUCUGCUGGCAAGGAGCAAGGCCUCAAACAUAAGCUCGAAAUUCGCAUCCACGCCUCCAUCUCUUCUACCGUAUUCCCCCUGUCUUCUCUCUCCCCCUCCAAGUGCCUCGUCCGUACUUCCCUUCCCACCUCUGAUGAACACACCGCUCUUCCCACACCUCUCUACAACACCUCUAUACUCCAUGACACGCUCCAAAAACCCCACCUCUUGCACCUUCACCGUCUCUCUCAAAUCCUCCCAGCCAAUUCGCGGACAGUCGACUCUUUCCUCGCUUUGUGGAGGAUCUGGGCGAAACGGAGAGGCAUCAGGCUAGAGCGUGGUGGAAGUGGCUGGCUGGCCGGGUUACUGCUGGGAUGGGUUGUCAAUGGUGGAUGGAUCGGUGGGGCUGGAGGCAAGAGGGAAAAGGUGAAGAGGGUUGCCGGCCUCGGAAAGAGUUUGGGCCCUUGGGGCGCCAUCAGGGCUGCUUGGGAGUUUUUGGCCCACACCGACUUUCACGCUACUCCAGUCUUCCUGCAUCAACCGGGAACGACCAACUCUUACCCUCACUCCGACUUUUUCCCCUUCAAGCAUGUCUUCACGGACCCUACUGGUCUUGUGAAUGUUUUUGCCGAGUGGGAAGAGGGAGAGAUUGACUUUUUGAGGUAUCACGCCCGGGAAACGCUUGCAAUGUUGGAAGACGAGAGCGGAGAGAGAUUUGGGGACGUCUUCCUAAAGGAUUUCAAGCUUGGUCCUGGCGUGUUUGACGAGUACAUCCGAGUGGACAUUUCUUCUGUCAAAAUCGACGCUACACUUGAUCAACGUUCCGAAUACCCUUCCGCUCCUUCUCUUGCGGUCGCUCGCUUCGCCUCUACUGUCCGGAGUGCCCUGUCCAACCGCGUCGACCUUGUCUACCUAUCUCCUCUUUCCUCGACCAAGCUUGCUCUCGGCCUCCUUCUCAACUCCAGCAACGCCACCCGCGUGCUUGACGUUGGCCCCUCGCCCGAACAGGCCGAGGCCGGCGCCGAGUUCCGUGAGCUCUGGGGAGAACAGGCAGAGUUGAGGAGGUUUAAAGACGGAAGUAUAGCUGAAAGUGUCGUCUGGGAUGUAUCCAGACCGGAAGACGCAGCUUUGAUACCUAUCAGAAUCAUUCACCACGUCUUGAAGAGACACUUUUCGGUGUCUGAGCAAAAGAUUGACUCCUUUUCGACCUCUCAAGAAUGGCUCAGCGUCAUUCAAGUACCCCCAAGCCCCCGGGAUGCCGUCAGCGUCAAGGGGUCGGAAAAGCUCGGUUUCAGGCCCACAAUCACUGCAUAUGAUGCCCUUUACAAGAUUCUCAAAAACAGCGACGCGGAUCUACCCCUGGGUCUCCUUAACAUCCAAUCUGCCUCUCCUCUGAUGCGAUACUCGUCAACAUUCGUCCCGCACCCUAUUGACGUCCCUCGCUUGCCUUCCGCCCCUGCUUGUAUCAGAUACACGCCACAUAUCGAAGUCGUCAUUCAAUUCGAGUCUUCGCCAAAAUGGCCGGAUGAUCUUGCCGCAGUGCAAAAGGUCAAGCUGGCCUUGUUGGAAAAGCUUGCCCGAGUCGUGCAAAAGAAGCUUGGACGAGAGGCAACGGUGGGCAUCGUGUUUGAUGACGGGGCGAGUGAGAUUGAGGAUCAAGCUGCUUUGGAGGUGGUCGUGCCGGAGGGUGUGGCCUUCAAGUUGAGAGUCUACUAUGAGCGAGAAAAGGGUCUGUUGGAGCGCGCAAUCGAGGACGACCAGCCCGCGUUCGCCACCUCCCUCCCCAAUCCCCCCAGACGUCUGGCCGUCCCCGCCCUCGCCAAACACAUUGAACGCUUCCACCACCUCCCCGCCCACCAUUCCUCCCUCGCUCCCUUGCACCACCGUUAUCCCAACUUUUCUUCCUCGACCCGGCUGCUCAAGCGCUGGUUCAGCGCUCAUAUGAUGAUGGGCCCGGAGCUUGUGCGAGAGGAGGUCAUUGAACUCAUCAUGGCUGGGAUCUAUCUGGAGCCUGGAAGGGGAAAAACGCCUGCGUCUGCUGUCGCUGGUUUCUUGCGCGCGAUGGAGUUGCUAGGAGGGUGGGAUUACAAAUCGGAGCCCAUGCUUGUCCCUAUUCACACCGCUUCCUCCCCGUCAGCAUCAUCUGCAUCUGGUCGCGUCCGCUUUCCCGCGGAGCUCAAGGAGGAAGCUAUCAAGGCCUUCGAGUCGUUGCGUGCCAAGGAGAAGGAUGCCGGACACCCGUGGGUGAUCUGCACGGAGCAGGAUUUGGACGGACUGAGGUGGACGAAAGGGCUCGGGAAGGGUGUGGCUGCUAGGGUUGCUUUGUUGGCCAGGGCGACACUGGAAGCAGCAAAGAAUGGUGUCGAGUCUGGAGCGCUGGAUGUGAGGCCAUUGUUUGUGACACCUGUCGAACACUUUGACUUUUUGAUUCACCUCAAUGCCGCCCAUCUUUCUCGCUCUGCCCUCGCCAUUCACCCAGACCCGUCUCUCUGGGAACCGCACCUCAAAUUCCGCAACCUCUCCUCGGCGGGCGAAGGUUCCGUUCGGGUCGACUUUGACCCCGCCACGAUGUUUGUCCGCGACUUGCAGAAAAUAUACGGCGACAGCUUGAUGGUGUUCCAUGACAUCUACGGCGGUAAAGUGGUCGGCGGUGUCUGGAAUGCCAAGCAGGGCCCGAGAGGGAUGAAAGCGUUCUUGGGAUGGAACAGCCGGCCGGUAGAGAGCGGUGCGGAGUUGGUUAGAGUCAACAAGGAGGGGAUCCUGGGGGAGAUUGCGAGGUUGGGCAAGGGUUUGGUGGAGAAGAUUGAGGUCAGAUAA